AUACAAGCCAGAAGGAGAAGCAGCUCCCAGGCAGAUCAGGUGGGGGAAAGCGGGGCUCUCUGGAGUGCAUGGGCAGGGAGCUUCCUCCUUCUCCUGAGACAUCGCACCUGGGGCUGGCACCUCGCUGGGCCAGAGAGACGACGGCAGCUUCACCUGCAUCCCAGGCCACCUCCAAGAGUCUGUGAUGGGGAAACACAACAGUAAGCUGGCCCCCGAGAUGCUGGACGACCUGGUGAGAAGCACAGAGUUCAGUGAGCAAGAGCUAAAGCAGUGGUACAAGGGCUUCCUGAAAGACUGUCCCACCGGCAUCCUCAACCUGGAUGAAUUCCAGCAGCUCUACAUCAAGUUUUUCCCAUAUGGAGAUGCUUCCAAGUUUGCCCAGCACGCCUUCCGCACGUUUGAUAAGAACGGGGAUGGGACGAUCGACUUCCGGGAGUUCAUCUGUGCCCUGUCCGUCACCUCCAGGGGAAGCUUUGAGCAGAAGCUGAACUGGGCCUUUGAGAUGUACGACCUAGACGGAGACGGGAAGAUAACCCGCUUGGAGAUGCUAGAAAUAAUUGAGGCCAUUUACAAGAUGGUGGGGACGGUCAUCAUGAUGAGAAUGAACCAGGACGGGCUGACGCCCCAGCAGCGGGUUGACAAGAUCUUCACCAAGAUGGACAAGGACAAGGAUGACCAGAUCACCCUGGAGGAGUUCAAGGAAGCUGCCAAGAGCGACCCCUCUAUUGUCCUCCUCCUGCAGUGUGACAUGCAGAAAUAGAGGUUUCCCCGCAGACUCCAGCUGGACUGCCCAAGGCCGCGUGCCCCAGCAUACCGGUUCCCGCCCUCCCUGCCACCUUGCACCCAGCCCCUGCUUCCCAGAGCUGUGCACUCAGCUGCCUGGGGCAGAGUUCGUUCUGCUUGCAGCCUUCCACUUCCUAACCUCUACAUCCCACUCCGAGUGCCCCCGAAGGGACUGCCUGAGCCACGUGCCAUGUUAGAACCCUCUGAACAACUCCCACCCACCCCCUCUAACCCCACAGCCCAUCCCUUAUGGAUCCAUCCUGGGAUCGUGCUGCCAGGAGCGCAUCUGCUCUUCUUUUCCCCCCCUAGCCUCCAAUACCAGCUUAAGCCUCCUCAGUACUUAAAUCCCCCCACCCCAGACCCCUGAAGUGGCCUGUCCAAGGCAGUGUUCACCCCAUAACUGACAUCAAGCCUUCUGGCUCCCCCAAAAUGCUGCUUUCUCAUCCCUAGUUCACUGGUUUCAAACAGCCCAGCUGGGGUUGUAGGAACUGGAAUCCCCCGC